AUGGGACCACUACCUUCUGGAGAGUUGUUGGUAGUUGUGGACUACUACAGCAGGUAUUAUGAGGUUGAUAUUCUGAGAUCUGUAGUGUCAAGUAAGAUCAUAGAAAGCUUAGACAAGAUUUUCUGUACCCAUGGUCUCCCUGAAUCGCUUAAAACAGACAACGGUCCUCAAUUUGUGUCGGAAGAAUUUGAAACAUACCUAAAAGCAAAUGACAUUCAACACAGGACAAGCACACCAUUAUGGCCCCAAGCUAAUGGUGAGGUUGAGAGACAGAAUCGUAGUCUAUUGAAAGCACUUGAGAUUGCACAAGCCGAGAAGAAGGACAUACAACUCAGAAAAUUCCUGAUUGCAUAG